AUGGAAGAGAAGCCCGUGGAGCCAUUUCCGGAAGAGAAGGAUUGGAAAAGCGUCAUAGUUGGUGUUGUAUGUGGAAUAUUGCCGAAAUGGGUUGAUGCUGGCGUUAUAGGCCUGUUGAUCUUUGGAGGCUGCUGUGGAAAUGUAUUUGCUCUAGAGGCAAUCAUUAAAGAUGAACCAGCUGCCGGACCUCUGAUCACCUUCGUGCAAUUCGUGACUGUCUCGCUGUUCACUAUUCCAAGCUUCCUGUCCUUGUCAGCAGGACCUCGAGCUUUCUACCUCAAGUCUCCGAUUAUUCCACUACGAUCUUGGACUAUCUACACUAUAUUCUUCGUGACCGUCAACCUCCUAAACAACUGGGCCUUCGCAUACCGCAUUUCUGUUCCACUACACAUCAUCCUCCGAUCCGGCGGCCCAGUCGCUUCCAUGCUCAUUGGGUACUUAUACAACGGUCGACGGUACUCGCGCAUGCAGAUAUUCGCUGUCCUCCUCCUGACGUUCGGUGUGGUGGGAGCUGCAUUGGCCGACGCCGAAGCCCAGGGCAAAGCUAUGAACAUCGAAACCAACCUGGACGAGUACGACAGUAAAUCCACUCUUCUCUUCGUCAUUGGCUUCACCAUCCUCGCUUUGGCAAUGCUUCUAUCCGCCUUCCAAGGCGUCUAUGCCGACCGCCUCUAUGCUGUCCACGGAAACACCCACUGGCGCGAAGCGUUGCUCUACUCGCAUAUGCUCUCAAUCCCUUUCUUCCUCCCAACAUACCCCCAGCUCUCUUCCCAAUUCCGUGCUUUCAUGGAGUCAUCCUCCAUGCUGUCAAGUCUGAGCUCGAUACCAGGGCUCGCCGACAACGGGCUAUUCGCCAACGCAACAAUGCCACUCACUACCGUUCUCUCUGCCGCAGCACCAACCGUCGUACCAUCAACACUCGUCCAAACCACAGCCAGCUCUGGGAACCUAGUCGAUCAAGCUCGUCAAUCCGUCGGCGUCUUUUGGCUUCUCUUCCGAGGCUCGGGCUACGCACUCGUCCGCUCCAUGCUCGCAAACACACCAAAUAAGAUCUUCUUCCUGGUCAUCAACGCGCUGACUCAGUACAUCUGCAUUCGCGGCGUCUAUCUGCUCGCCGCAAAAUCCUCGUCUCUGACCGUCACCAUCGUACUUAAUAUUCGCAAAUUGGUCUCGUUGUUGUUUUCUAUCUAUAUCUUCGGCAAUUCGCUGGCGACGGGCGUUUUGAUUGGUGGGGGUUUUGUGUUUUUGGGUGGUGCGUUGUAUGGUGUUGCAAGUACAAGGGCGAAGAAUAAGAGCGUCUCGCCGGAGUAUUUGCAGAAGAUUAAUGCUUAUCAGAAUAAGGUCAAGGUUUAG